GAGCCUUAUCCCUUCAUCACUUAUCUCCUUCAUCCCCUCCAAUCCUCAUCUGUUCGUCACCGUGGAGGAAGGCUCAGACUUUUUCACUAGUACAGCCACUAGCAGUCAGCCGGUGGGAGAGCAUCAGAGGAGCCAGCGAGCAGGUUGUGCACCCUGUAGAGCUGUGGAAGCUGAAACGGCUCAAAGGGGGAACACAGGUGUCUGCGAUCGGGAUCUGCACAGGUGCAGAAAAAGAGAAAAGUGUCGCUUGGUUUUUCAUCAGUAACAUCAACAAACAACUCUCGCCAUGGCAGCUGAGAAGGCUGAAAUGGAUGCACUGAAAAAGGAGUGUGAUGGCCUCCGUGCACAGAUUGAGGCGGCCCGCAAAGCUGUGAAUGACGGCAGCAUGUCUGCAGCAGCAUCAGGGGUGGACUCAGUGGGUCGGGUCCAGCUGAAGCUCAGGAAGACACUCAAGGGUCACCUGGCUAAAAUCUAUGCCAUGCACUGGUCAGCUGACUCCAGGCAGAUGGUCAGUGCAUCACAGGAUGGAAAGCUGCUCAUCUGGGACUGUUUCACAGGGAACAAGUUGGUUGCUGUUCCACUGAAGUCUGCUUGGGUGAUGAGUGUCGCCUUCGCCCCUUCUGGUAACCUGGUGGCCAGCGGUGGUCUGGACAACAUCUGCACAGUUUACAACAUCAAGGCGGCCAGCCCCAAAACCCUCAGAGAGCUGGACGCACACACAGGUUACCUGUCUUGCUGCCGUUUCCUUAGCGAUAGUGAGAUCUUGACAGCCUCCGGUGACACCACCUGCUGUCUGUGGGACCUGGAGACCGGCAAGCUGAAGGUCAACUUCACCAACCACAUUGGGGACUGCAUGUCGCUGGCUCUCUCCCCCGACAUGAACACCUUCAUCUCUGGAGCCUGUGACUCUCUGGCCAAGCUGUGGGAUCUGAGGGAAGGCGCCUGCAAGCAGACUUUCUCCGGACACACCAGCGACAUUAACGCCAUUGCUUUCUUCCAAAGUGGUAAUGCCAUCAUCACAGGCUCCGAUGACUGCCAAUGCAAGAUGUACGACCUGCGCGCCGACCAGGAGGUGAUUAGCUACCAGGACGCCAGCCUGAACGCCGGGGUCACAUCUCUGGCUCUCUCCAGCUCAGGCCGCCUUAUCUUUGCAGGUUACGAUGACUUCAACUGCCACAUCUGGGACUCACUGAAGGGAGAGAAAGUCGGCGUGCUCUCCGGUCAUGACAACAGGGUGAGCUGCACCGGCGUCCCUGAUGACGGUAUGGGCGUCUGCACAGGAUCCUGGGACAGCUUCCUCAAACUGUGGAACUGAGGCGUCCCUGCAGAGAAUAACGCCAGGAGACGAAGAAGAAACGGAGCAGGAUGAGAGGAGAGGAAAAUAGUGGCAGAGAAGUGAGGCUGGAGAUUUGGUGCAGAUAUUUGACCUUCCUCUCUUUCUUUUUCCCGCUCUGCUUCUUCCUCAUACAUGUAUGCAAAUUUUAAAAGGUUGCGAAUGAGUCAUAUUGUGCAAAUGGCAUCAGUUAAACAAUGCACGAUGCAUCCCACUGCAUGUACAAGAAAGCUUUACUGUGGAUUUAUUUGCUGAAAAAAGUAAAUCUUAAAAAAAAUAGAUUAUUAAUCAAAACGGAGCGGAAAAUAAGCUCUUAUUGAAAAUGAUAAAAAUCUCUAGAUUUUCUGAAAAUAACUGAAUAAAGAACAGUAAAUAAUGAAAAUAUGAAGAUAGAGCUACAGAUUUAUUUUUAUUGUCUUCGAGGUCUUUGACCUUUUAAAAGAGCACUGCAAUCAUCUAGAAGAAAAAGACUGACAUGUAUAUUUAUUUAUAUUUUAUAGAUUAACACAUUAGAAAUGUCUAUGUACAGAGUCUCUUUGUUGUAUCUGAUCUGUUUGCUUUUUUGGCUGCACAUAUUCUGAGUGUGUAUUUGUAUGGUUGAGCUGCUUUCUCGGGUCCCAUAUUACCACCAGCUGACUUUGAUCCAAGAUGGCUGCUUUCCCCACUUCACAGGUAAAAAAAAACACUGAUGGGCUCGUGGAUGAUGGUUUGAAGGUGGAACCUGGCUGUGAGAGUGGCUGUAAAACACUCCUGUAAGCUUUCUUUACUCCUCUGGCUUCAGCUGCAUUUUGUUGUACUUUUAAACUUGAGCAGUUCCUCUGUACAAAAAAAUACAAGAUUUCUGUUGGAAAUCUUUCUAAUAAACAUAGAAUUCUGCAUUAA